GUGUUAGAGAAGCAUACGGUAUAAGGAAGUAUAAGAAAAGGAACAGUUCAGAUGCAAAAUUGACUCAUGGUCUCUGCCUUCUACUGAAGCUCAUUCCGUUGAUUCAUUUCCUGUAGUCUUUAUGCUUAAAAAGCAGAACAAGUGAGAUAAAAGGCAGCCUGAUGUUUUCAAGCUAAAUAUCAAAUGCACAACAAAUAACAUUUUUUAAAAAGCUAAUACAUUUUGGCACUCCUCAACACAGUGGCUGGAGAAUGCCAGAAAUCAAUUUUUUCUUUGGUGUUUUGCUUUUCCUGAAUCUCUCUGUUUCCUGCUACUUUUAUGAGUCAAAUGCUUUGCCAGACAUUGCAGAUGUACAAUUUAUUGAGGAAUGUGUCAGAGUGCAUAACAAAUUCCGAUCCAGCGUGAAUCCACCAGCUGCCGACAUGAAACGGAUGAACUGGGACCACAAACUAGCAAAGACUGCCAAAGGCUGGGCAAAGAGGUGCCUAUUUCAACAUAACGCUGACAUCAAAAUACCAGGGAAGGUACACGACAACUUCUCAACAGUUGGAGAAAAUAUUUGGACUGGCUCCGUACAGGUUUUUAAUGUGACUUCGGCCCUCACUGAUUGGUACAAUGAAGUCGUGAAUUACAACUAUGAUACCAGAGAAUGCAGUAAAGUAUGUGGACAUUACACUCAGGUGGUUUGGGCAACAACCUACAAAGUUGGUUGUGCCGUUUCCUUCUGUCGUCAGAUAACAGGCUUUACUCUAUCGAAUGCUGCACAUUUCAUCUGUAACUAUGGGCCUGGUGGCAAUUUUCCAACAAGUCCAUACAAAACAGGAACACCCUGCAGCGAGUGUAACGACGAACCAUGUAUAGACAAACUAUGUGGUAAGUGGAAAUGAAUUGGACUUGCAUGGUGAAAACAAAGUGUGACAAUCAAUUGAACAUUUGUUACAAGGUAUUAUACAAUAUUUAGAACUUGCCAUUGUAGAUUCCUCUCCUAGUUCUAAUGUUAAG